CGCUUGCGCCAGCGCGGACUCGGUUAUCGUCAUUCGACGAUCAUCUCAGCGUCUUCCCGACUGGACCCUGCCCCUUCCGAAUAUUGGUCAAUUACAACCAUGCCUCUCGAUGAAGAGGGGGCCAAGUGGUCUUGCGAACCAUGUAUUCGCGGCCAUCGAUCUUCAAAAUGCCAGCACUUCGACAGACUCAUGAUGAAAGUGCCCAAGGCAGGUCGCCCUUUGGCCAAGUGCCCUCAUCCCAAAGGGACUUGUAGCUGUCAAAAAACCUAUGCCUUCAUGGUCCGGAUACCUAAAGGCUCUAGCUGCUUGUGUCGACCAGUUUACAAGGUACCCGCAGGCACAAGCGAUUCAUCACAAUCCACUCCAGUGUCCAUGGCCUCAGUGUCAUCACCUUCGUCUGGCAAGGUCCAAAAGUCCGGAAGGAGACAGAGCAAUAUUCAAGCCACCCCAGAGAGCAUUGCCAAGGCCUUGGAAGCGAUGCCCGAGAAUCUCAAGUUUGAAGACGGGGCCUUUAACUAUUUGGGAAAUCUUCCUUCCCACAAACCGGAGCCAGAUGAUUUCAACGACACCCGCGCUCGUCAAGCUGCUCCUGUGCCCCAAAGAUCCACUAACACUACGAAUGGAUCUAGCUGCUGCUCCCAGAAGCCGCAACCCCCACCGGUUCCACCAAUAUCAUCGCAAGGCUCUGGUUCUUGCUGCAGUGGGAAAACACAGGUUUCCAAUUCUGUCGCCGAGGGCGUCUCCAACGCGCAAGGACCAAAAGUAAACCAGCCAACAUCAUGGAACGACAUGUCUUACAUGAACUUCUCGGCGCAGCAGAUGCCCUCCUGGCAGAACUCCAUGACCUCGGCACAGCAGUCAUUCAUGGCACCCUUCGGAAUGUCGAACUCUGGGGCUCAGUCAUUCUACACGAACGGAUACACAGGGAACGGGUCUUCCACGUAUUCGAACUCCAUGAACGGGCUUGGAAUCACGCCACCUAACAUGACACCAUUCACCAUAAACCAUUCUCAGAAUUCUGCUUAUGGAUCUGUCAAUCUCAGCAACGAUGCCAGCCAUGACUGCAGCUGUGGAGAUGACUGCCAGUGUCUAGGCUGCGCAGCCCACCCCUUCAACAACACCACCCGCCAACAUGUUCAAGAAAUGGGUGUCAUGAUGACAUUUGAUGGAGACGAAUCAACACCCGACUCCAUGGCUAAUGCCUACAAACCUCCAACUUUCCCAAGAAACACCGCAACGACUCCAAUGAACUUCUUCAUGCAACAGGCGCAAUCAAUGGACCAUGGAAUUCACCAAAGUUCUUAUGAGCCAUAUUCCGACCCCAACUCGGCUAUGCCCAGCGGCUACUCGUCUCCUCUCCCCGCGGGGCAUCACUUCAACCAACAGUUGAUGCACCCAUCCGAAUACUACACAAUCGAAUAUCCAGUUGGAAUCCCGAGUGCCUGCUCAGACGUGACGGGCAGCUGCCAAUGCGGCAACGACUGCAGCUGCGUCGGCUGUCUCACGCACAGCGGGCACAAUGGUGUCGCUCUUGAGGUCCCAAUCCCAGACACUCCUGUCACCACCGCCGCGCAAAAUGUCUCUUCAUCCCACGGCGCGCCGACGACGAGUGCUGGCAGCCACACUUCUCGAAUUCCAGUCCUGGAAAAUGUUUCGAUGCCCUGUCUCAGCCCACGCACGUUCGAAACAUCCAUGAUAUGA